CCGUCGGGGCUGCUGCGUCUGGGUCCCUGGAGCUGGGCUGGGAUGCCCCGCCGCGAUGCCGCCGCCGCCCGCCUCGCCUCUUCCCUCCGCGGCGCAUUGCCUCUCCUGCUGCGCUCUGCUCCUCCUGGCCUCCCUCCUCGGCGCAGCAACCCAGCCCGCCUGCCACCGGGUCCGGGCCGCCUUCCAAGCCCUGCAGCCCGGCGCCAGGGGGGUCCCCGAGGCCCCGGGGACAGGGGCGGAUUUGCAAGUAUGCCUCCCGAAAGGCUUAACCUGUUGCUCCAGGAAGAUGGAGGAGAAAUACCAAGCCUUGGCCCGGUCCAACAUGGAGCAACUCCUCCAGUCUGCCAGCAUGGAACUGAAAUUCCUCAUCAUGCAGAAUGCAGCCGUCUUCCAAGAAGCCUUUGAAAUUGUUGUGCGUCAUGCAAGGAACUACACCAACGCCAUGUUCAGGAACUACUAUCGCAGCAUAGCCACCAGAGCGUUUACGUUUGUGGGGGAAUUUUUUACUGACAUUUCUCUGUACAUCCUGGGUUCGGACAUCAACGUCAAUGACAUGAUCAAUGAAUUCUUUGACAGCUUGUUCCCGUUAGUCUACUCGCACUUGGUGAACCCGGGCACCCCCGAUCCUUCCGCAGAAAUGACGGAGUGCCUGAGACUGGCCAGGCAAGACCUGAAAGUCUUUGGAAACUUCCCCAAGGUCAUGAUGACCCAGGUGUCCAAGUCUCUGCAGGUGACGCGGGUCUUCCUCCAGGCGCUCAACCUCGGCAUCGAGGUGGUCAACACCACCGACCACUUGAGGUUCAGCAAGGACUGUGGCCGGGCGCUCUUGAAAAUGUGGUACUGUUCCCACUGCCAAGACCUCAUGAUGGCCAAACCUUGUGCCGGGUUCUGUGGCGUUGUGUUGCAGGGGUGUUUGGCCAGCGUGGUGGAGAUCGACAGCUACUGGAGGGAAUACCUCCGUUCCUUGGAAGGGCUGACGAAAGGCAUGCGGGGAAUCUACGACAUGGAGCAUGUGCUUCUCAACCUCUUCUUCUCCGUACGGGACGCCAUCACAUACAUGCAGAAGAACUCUGGGAAGCUGGCAACAACGAUCAGCAAAUUGUGCGGCCAUUCCCGACAGAGACAGCACCGCUCCGCUCGGUAUCCUGAAGACCUUAUUGCUGAGAAACGGACCAUGAGGGUGGCCCACAUCGAACAGGAGGAAACUUUGUCAAGUCGGAGGAGGGAACUCAUCGCUAAACUGAGAGCGCACAGCAGUUUCUACAGCAGUCUUCCAGAGUAUAUCUGCAGCCACAGUUCCACCAUCCAGAACAAUACCGUUUGCUGGAAUGGCCAAGAAGUGGUUGAAAGGUACAGUCGCCAGGCUACGAGGAACGGAGGUAGACCCCAAGGUGGCAACCAUGAAGUCAAGGCGAAAGGCCCCGAACCUAUGAUUAGCCAGAUCAUUGACAAGCUAAAGCACAUCAAUCAGUUGCUCCAAAGCCAGAACUCACCUUCCACUCUGCUCUGCACCCACCAGCCCAGAAUCAAGCAGCUCUUAAAAGGAGUAGCUAUCCCUCGCCAGAAGAAUUUGGGCAAAAUGGAAGAGGAGGGCGACGCAAGCAGCGGGGACUGCGACGACGAGGACGACUGCGGCGGCGGUGGAGCCAUUUCUGGAAAUGGAGAACUAAGAGUCAAGAACCAGUUGAGGUUUUUGGCAGAACUGGCGUACGACUUGGACACGGACGACAUUCCUUCCAACAAGCAGCUUUUGAACCAACAAAGCAAAGAAGCUUCGGCGAUUCACAACCUGGGCUCAGGUGGCACAGUGCCCACCUUUGAUCUCGCGGGCAUUGCCCUAACAACUCUGUUUCUUCUGUUGCCCAAAUGACCGAUGUUGACUCUUGCUCCUUGGACAUCCAGCCGGAAGCGGCGGAGUUUCGUUCCCCGCAAACGCUCUUCUUUCUCCCGAGGCAUGUGGAAUGGACGACCCACAAAAGUUAUGAUUUUUUAACAAAAUAAAACAAAGGACCAAGGGAAGGGAGGGCUGGGAUAUGUUUGUUUUUUUAAGGUUAAGCAAGCAAGGUGCAACUCUUUUGAUUUGGUUGGAGGGGGGGAAAUCUUGUUAAAUGACUUUUUAAAAAAUGGGUAAAAAUAAUACCCAGUUUGCAUCCCUUGAGACGUUUAUGGAAAAAGAAGAUUUUCACAACUGUUUGCAGCGACUCACCUUGGACGAAUUGACACGGGUGAGGAAAAAGGCUGCUUAAACUGGAAUAAAUAUCAUGGUUCAAAUGA